AGUGGCCACGUGGGGCAUCACACUGGCGAGCCGAGACACAAGUGGUUGUGCAGGUCUUACCUUGCAUUUCAGCUGAGCAUAGAUAAGAAGACCACACCAGAGGGACGCAAGGCUGAUAGUGACGCCCAGGAUAGCUGAAGUGAAGCUUCCUCUUGGCGUGAUAUGCAGGAGCCCCCGUUUUCCGUCCGUCCGCUUGGGUCUCAAGACUCUGGCCUGGCUUUAAACUCAUCAACAGGAUCUUCCUCGUAAGGACAAGACAACUCGACUGAUCAGCUGACUUGUUUGUUGCCAGCAGCUUUUGGACCACUACAUAGAGGCUUUGGCACUACAGCCUUGUUGGAGAUAAAAAAAAAAAAAAAACUCCAACAAGAACAAAUAACUUGCGGGAGACACCUCAGCCAAGCAAAGUAUUAUGAAUAACCUUGAAGUGAUUGGGAAUUACAAGAAUGGCCCAGAUCAAGUUAUUCCUGCAUCGUCUUUUAAAACCUGGAAUGCAGAUGGAGCCACACAGGUGUUUCUGUCUGAUGAAGAGGCUGCAUCCUAUAAACCCAAAUCAGUGUACACCAUGUUGAAAGAGACAGCUAAAGACUAUCCAAACCAUCCUGCCUUGGCUGUUAAAAGAGGAGUAUGGAAAUACUGGACCUACAAGGAGUAUUUUGAAGAAUCCAAAACAGUAGCAAAGGCCUUCAUCAAGUUGGGCCUUGAUAGAUUCCAUGGCGUCUGCAUCAUGGGCUUCAACUCUCCUGAAUGGGUUAUAGCUAACUAUGGUGCUGUGUUUGCUGGUGGGUUGUCUACUGGGGUAUAUACAACCAACUCUCCAGAGGCAUGUAGAUACUUGGCUGACAGCUGUGAUGCUCAAAUAAUUGUCGUUGAAGAUGUUACAUGCCUGAAUAAAUUUUUAGCAGUCAAACGCUUCCUGCCCAGCAUAAAGGCUAUCAUUCAGUGGUCUGGUAUUCCGGGUGCACCAGGGGUACUGUCUUGGCCAGAACUCUUGGCCACUGGCCUAGCUGAGAAAGAUACUGAAUUGAAUGAAAGACUUUCACUGUCAGCUGUGAACCAGUGCUGCACCCUCAUCUACACCUCAGGUACCACUGGACCACCAAAGGGAGUAAUGUACUCACAAGAUCUUUUGAUUUGGACAGCUCUCCAGUAUAAAAUAAAUGGUUUACUGAAAGACACUGAAGAAAGCAUGGUAUCAUACCUUCCUCUGAGUCACUUGGCAGCUCACUUACUGGACAUCUAUAUAUCAUGUGUAUCAGUUACCACAGUUUACUUUGCUCAGCCAGAUGCCUUGAAGGGCUCCUUGCUACAAACCCUCCUCGAAGUUCAGCCAACUCGUUUUAUGGGUGUUCCCAGGGUCUGGGAAAAAAUGUAUGAAAAGAUGCAGGAAGCAGAAGCUAGUGUAGGAGGCUUGAAGAAAAUUAUUUUAUUGUGGGCCAAGUAUCAUGGCUUAAACUACUAUAAUGCCAUAAGAGAUGGGAGAAUCUUAAGUUCAUAUGAAGUGAUGGCCAAUUCACUUGCUAAAUCCCUAAUCAUAAACAAAGUCAAGGCAGCAAUUGGCUUGAGUCGUAGUACUGGCUUGAUCUCAGGAGGUGCUCCCAUUUCUAAGGAAGUCUUGGAAUUCUUCAUGAGCUUGGACCUACCUAUUAUGGAGGGAUACGGGCUUUCAGAGAGCAUGAGCAUAUGUUCAAUGAAUAUGAUAGAGGAAGGAAUGUUCAAACUAGGAAGUGUUGGCAAGAUUCUACCCCAGACUACUUGCCGCUUGGAAUACUUCAGUGGAUGCAAGCUUGGAGAAGGAGAAAUAUUAAUCAAAGGUCGAAAUAUAUUCAUGGGAUAUCUGAAAAUGCCAGAAAAAACCAACGAGACUAUUGAUGAUGAGGGCUGGUUGCACACAGGAGACAUUGGCUGUUUCGAUGAUGAUGGAUUCCUGUUUAUUAGUGGACGUAUUAAAGAGCUAGUCAUCACAGCUGGAGGUGAAAACAUCCCUCCUCUUCUCAUUGAAGAUACAGUGAAAAAGCAGCUUCCAUUCAUCAGUAAUGCCAUGCUUGUUGGUGACAAGCAAAAGUACUUGUCAAUACUAUUGACUUUGAAAACGGAUGUCAAUGAAGAAACAGGAGAACCACUGGAUACCUUGUCUCCCCAGUGCCUGAAGAUGAUGAUAAAUCUAGGGCUGCCUCAAUUGCACACAGUGACUGAUGCUUUGAUUGAAUUGGAAAAGAAUCCUCAGGGUGUCCUAGCCACUGCCAUACAAGAGGGUAUUCAGAGGUAUAAUGAUCAUCAUGCAGUAUCCAGAGCACAGAAACUACAGCGGUGGAUGGUUUUACCUCAUGAUUUUUCCCUGUUUACUGGAGAAUUAAACAGUACACUAAAGUUGAAGAGAAGCGUUGUGAUGGAAAAAUACGCAGAUACCAUAAAUUAUUUAUACAGCUCAAAGGAUCCUUGGAAAACAAAAAGCAAACUGUAGACAAACAAUUUUUUCAGGCAGCUCUACUGGACAGCUUUGAAGAGGUCAGAUUACAGUUGAGGACAAAAACAUCUGAAGUGAGUUGUGGAAGAUGUCCUUGCCACAAGCCCACUGGACCACUUCUAACUUAUCAUGGCAUCCUUGAUUUAAAACAAAAUAUUAUCCCAUUUUAUUGGAGGGUAUCACCAUCCUCAUUAUAGCUAGGUUCUGAUAUUAGUACUCAUCUGGCAGGUCUCCUGGAGCCAUCGUGAUAUUUUUCCUUCUUUUGGAUGGUAUUGGCUGAGAAGUGUCAGUAGCUUUCUGUUUCUUGACUCUUGGUGAUAUUGCUCUUUUUUUUUAGCAUGGAAGAGGUAUCAGCAGUAGAAGUGGAGCCAUUGACUUGUCUGGGGAUGGAGAUGUCAGUUCCUGCAAUACAAUCCUCCUUUAUUCUUUCCCAUUCAGAUGAAUAAUAUUCUGGGAAGAUGGUAUCCUAACUGAUUUUCUCCUUCCAAGCUUCUUGUAUUAACAUUUUCCCUCUUAUUGUUAUAGGGCUUAUUAUACCCAAAGGAUCAAAUAAAAGAGAUAUUUGGCUUAGUAAUGAUCCUUUAGUCAGAUUUUGUUCAAAAUAUUGAGGCUUACUCUAAUCUAACACCAUUCACAUCCCACACCAUACCCAGUAAGUUUUGCAUCACAGGUAACUCUGAUAGAAGUCGUUCCUUUAAAAGAUUUUACAAAUUUUUUUUGAGUUGCUAUUCCAACUCUGUAGAGGCAUGUUAGCAGCUAAACACUUUGUUGCCUUUUCAUAGAGAGUUACCACUUCUUCCUCUGUGUCUGUUAUUUGUAAGUUGUCCAUGUAAAACGCAUGACCUAUUUCAGGGCAACCAGCUUUGUUGAAAUGAUGAUGUAAGGUCAAGCAUAACAGAAAUGGACGAACAUGAGCCAAAGAGGAUGGAUUUAAAUCGGUACACAUCCAAAGGACUAUUCUCUUUUCUCGGAUCUCUUGGCCAUAAGAACUUUGUGAAGUCAGUCUUCUUCCUUUAAACCUAUCUUUAAGAAUGCUUUAGAUAUGUUGGCUACCAAGGCAUAUGGUUUCAGACAGAAUUUCACCAACACUUCAAGUAAAUUCUGUAUACAAAUAAUUAUCUAGACUGCUUGCUCCCUUGGCUGCCCAUGAACUGAAGACCACCCUUAUUAGUAUGGUGACAGAGUCUUUCUUUAAUGCAUGAUGGGGGAGGUUAUGGCCAGUGUUAUGAUUUACUGGUUUACUUUCUAUGAAAUUACUUAUGGUUGGAUUUCUUAUGAUAUUGUCAUAUUGUUCUAACAUGGGGUUUAUUUUUCCCUAAUUUAGUCCACAAAUUAAUUAGUUGACCCUUGGCAUCGAUAUAAUUGGUUGGUAGGGAUGGUGAAUUUAAUUUCCAAGGUAAUCUGACCCAAUAUUGGUUGUCUUUAUACUCUGUUGUUUUGCUGAAGUAAUCUUGAGUCAUUUGCUCUUCAACAUUUGGAGCCUUAUGAUUUAGUCUUAUAGUAUCUAAGUCCCAUAAAUUAUGUAUAGGUUCAUUCCUUUCCUCUGUCAGGCAGUUCACUAGGGAUAAUUUGAGCUCUAAUACAGGUUACUAGUAAGGACUGGAUUGGUGUCACAAAGACCAGGUCUACUCUUUGAGUUGGUAGUAGACCCUUAGCAGGUAACAUUGGUCCUAACCAUGAGAUUCCUACCAGCUGUUGUACGCAUUUGAAUGCCAUAUUUUCUUAAGGAUUUCCCUACAAAACUUCCCAUAGUAAUCUGAACCUAUUAUUAGUUGAAUCGGACCCACCUUGUCUGAUGUUAUGUUUUGGUCCCCGAGCUUUAUAGCCUUUGUUCUUAGGAAAUCAGCAGUUUCCUUAUAACGUUUUAUAGUUAGAUUGGUAUUCAUGUCUGGCAUCACCACUGCUGUUAUCUUUGUUUUAAAUUUACCUAAUUGUACGGUGGGUUUUACUGUCAUAAGUUUGGGUGUCAUUGCUAGUUAGGAAACCCAUGAUCCUUAAUUAAUCUUGUCACAGUUUCCAGUUUCCUUACUUAUGAAACUUUUCAAUGCUUCUGUGUUGAACAGAACCUUGGCCUUCACCAGUCAUCUUUGAAUACUAAUUUUUACUUUUGCUAUUGGAAUUAGUGCAGGAGAGAUAGGUUGGUUAUUAUUGGUCUCAUUAUGUAGGACAGGCGGGUUAGUUAAGUAUUGUACCCUAUCAUCUCACAUCAAGGUUGGAAAAAAUCCCUUUAUUUUAUUUUUUAUUUUUUUAAAGAACCCACUUUUUGGGGGGUUGGGUUUUUUGGGAGUUUUAUUGUUAUGGGGAGGUUUUAUUUAUUUUUUUUUUAUUCCUCCUAUUUACAUGUAAAUCAGUUUAAAUAAGCAAUUAUAAAGUAAUCUAAAAUUAAACGGUUUGAAUUUAUUUUUAUUUAUUUUUUCAUGCAGGACCAGUAAAAAAAAAAAAAAAAAAACUGAGGUGCCAGUCCCCAAACAGAGUUAAAAGUGGUAGUCAGAAAUUACAGAUAAGUAUUUUGAAACCUCCCUCUUGAAAGAAUUUGUCAUAGGAAGGUGGAAAUACAGAAGCAAGCAGGCAGUUCCGAAGUUUACCAAACACCUAAACAAUAGGUGACUGAGAAUACUGGUUAACCCUUGCAUUACAGAGGUGGAUAGAAUAGGGAUGAGAAAAAGAAGAAAGUCGUGUGCAGCAAGGCCACAGUAGGAGAGGAGGCAUGCAGUUAGCAAGAUAACAAAAAGCAGUUGGCAUAAAAAUAGCAGUAGAAGAUAGCAAGAGAUGCAACAGUGAGGCAAUGAGACAGAGACCAAAGACACUCCUUUAGAGGAGAGAAGUUGAUAAGACGAAAAGCUUUUGAUUCCACCCUGUCUAAGAGAGCAGUACGAGUGGAACGAGUGGAAAUGUGAAGUUUCCAGUUUAUAUUAUAAGUAAAGGACAAACUGAGAAUGUUAAGUGUAGAAGAGGGGGACAGCUGAGUGUAAAUGAAGAAGAGGGAACAGUUGUUUGGAAGGUUGUGUCGAGUUGAUUGAUGGAGGAAUUGAGUUUUUAAGGCAUUGAAUUUUUGUUGGGGCAGUUUGCUCUGCCCCAAUCAGAAAUUUUUGAGAGAUCAGAAGUCAGGCCUUCUGUGCUUCCCUGUGAGAACUGUUUACUUCCUGAAGGGCUGGACAUCUACGAAAAGAUGUGAGAAAGUGCAGGAUGGCAUCAUCAACGUAGGAGUGGAUAGGACAAGAAGUUGGGUUUAGAAGAUUACUGAUGAAUAAUAGGAAGAGAGUAGGUGACACCAGAACGCUAAGGAACACCAUUGUUAAUAGAUUUAGGAGAACAGUGACCGUCUACCACAGCAGAUAUAGAAUGGUCACAAAGGUAAUGAAAUGAAGUUACAGAAAGGAUAGAAGCUGUAGGGAGGUAGUUUGGAAAUCAAAGCUUUGUGCCAGACUUCAUCAAAAGUUUUUGAUAUGUCUAAGGCAACAGCAAAAGUUUCACCAAAAUACCUAAAAGAGGAUGACCAAAACUCAGUAAGGAAAGCCAGAAGAUCACCAGGAGAACGGCCUUGAUGAAACCCAUACCAGUAAUCAGACAGAAGGUUGUGAAUUGAUAGAAUUUAAGAAUCUUCCUGUUGAGAAUAGAUUCAAAACUUUAGAGAGGCAGGAAAUUAAAGCAAUAGGACAGUAGUUUGAAGGAUUAGAAUGUUCAUCCUUUUUAGGAACAGGCAGAAUUUAGGCAACCUUCCAGCAAGAAAGGUAGAUGUUGAUAGACAGAGUUGGAAGAGUUUGACUAGGCAAGGUGCAAGCAUGGAGGCACAAUUUCAAAGAACAAUAGGAGGGACCCCAUCAGGUCUAUAAACCUUCUGGGGGUUUAAGCCAGUGAGGGUGUGAGAAACAUCAUUGUGAAGGAUUUUAAUGGGUAGCAUGAAGUAGUCAGAGGGUGAAGGAGAGGGAGGAACAAGACCUGAAUCAUCCAAGGUAGAGUUUUUAUAUAGCAAAGGUUUGAGUGAAGAGUUCAGCUUUAGAAAUAGAUGAGAUGGCAGUAGCACCAUCAAGUUGAAAUAAAGGAAGUAAAGAUGAAAAGGCAAAGUUAUUGGAGAUGUUCUUGGCUAGGUGCCAGAAGUCAUGAGGGGAGUUAGAUCUUGAAAGAUUUUGACACUUUCUAUUAAUGAAGAACAGAUACUUGUUUAGGUCAUGCCGAAAUAGGUUGGUCCAGUUGGACAAAGCCUGUGUUAACCUUUACUUUAAGGGAAAUUAAUGGGUCAGGCUUGACUACUUUUACAUUUUUUAUGUAUAUGUACAUAUACAUGUUGUAGCCAAGGCACCCAGGCCUAUAGCAUUGCCCCCGAGGCCACCAACGACGUGACCCCUUGUGGGGCCAUGUCCCACUUAUGUCAUUCCUGGUCAUGAACAGGUCAGUGCCUGCCACGAUGCUGAGGCACCCAAGCGCUGAGUAAAGGUGACUAAGGACGUGUAGUUUAAUGGGCCUGACCUAUUCGUAAUAAAUCUUAUGAUAGUAGUGAUCAAGUUACUUUACAGCCUAUGCAGGUCAUUAACCUCACAAAACAGUGACCCACUAAUAGCCUCAGUAAUGCACGAGCUAGAAGGGCAUAGGAAAUCUACACAUGUUCGUGUGUAAAGGUGGUUAACCAUAGACUCCCACCGAGACAUGUCUCUUACAAACCUACAGUGAAGUAUAAGCAUCCUGGUGAUCAUGUGGAGUGAAGGAAGAGAUGAGUGUACUAACUAGUUAGAUUUUAAACCUUAAAGGAUAACUCCUUAUGUAGUAGUAAGUAGCAAUGUAAGUAGGUCAACGUUGCCGUCAUCAAAACUGAAUAUAAGGCGAAGUAGCAAAUGAUUCUCUCAGACCUUAACUAGACUCCUGUUACAGGUUUCUGAAAGGUGCUUAUACUUGACAGCACCAUGAAAUUCCAAGUCGUUCUCUGUCUCAUCUUGGUCAUAAGUAAUACUUAGAAGAUUUUCCUAAGUGCCUUGUGUGUCUCAACUUAGUAUGUUGUUUCAGUAUACUGUGGUCUCCAUAUAUUUUAUGUUAUUUUCCAUGUGUUGAUAUAAUACUGAAUCUUGAUGAGUGAUUUAAUAUCUUUUGUGUCACUUCGCAUGUAGUGCUAAUAUUUUAAUGUUACAUUUGAUUAUUCUUUUAUGUGAUUAUAUUGUGUGUCCUUAGAUGUUAAUGUGUUGUGUUACUGAAUGCCCUGAGUUGGUCAAUAAAGCCUUGCUAAAGUAAAGUGAAGAAUGAUGUCAAGAUUUAUUGAAAGAUCACUCAAAGUUUUAAUAUGUGGUGGAGUUCUUGCCUUUUGUUGCCUGCGUGUAUCGUUGGAAUGUAUUAAUUACUGGUUAAUAAAUAAUGUUAAAUUUGUUAAAU